AUGGGCAGGCUGGUAGCGGCGUCCAACUCCAAUGCAAGCGCCGCAUCGUGCUCGACCGACAUGAUGGAUAACAUUAUGGAGGGUGUUGAUUGGGAUACCGUCGGUAGCUUGGUCGAUGACGCCUCCCUAGCAUAUGCCCGGGAAUUUCCCAAGUUGAUGGCGUCCCAGUCGAGUGGUGAGACCCAGGAUGUGUCAAUGGAGGGGGAUCCGGGCAGGGUGGACGAUGAUGAUGUAGAGAUGGGGUGGAUGGAUGACGACCAAGAUGCAGAUAACGCGCGACAAGGUACCCCGUCUCCUCCAUCGCAAAACACUGCAGGUCCUAGUCAACAGCUCGCCAAACAAGGUCCCGGUCGCAUCUCCAAGGAAACGCACAGAGUCAUUGAGCUCGUGUUUAGCGCCGUGGACGAGCUCGUUGACGACAUAUCGGCGCAGACAGGCAUCGUGGCUAGCCGGGUCCGAUCAAUCUUGAAAAGGAUGUUGGAGGGCAAGGACGUCGUGUGGUCCAAGAUUCCCGAUACGACCCAUGGACCAGAGAAAACAAAGCAGUUACUCGAGUCGGGCCUACGACAAGCUGAUUCGGCAUUCGACAUUGCGGCUUCCCAGUCUGGCCGUACCAAGGAUUCGAUUGUCGCGAAAUACUUCAAGACUUAUGCCCACCAUCAACAAGGCAACGAAUGGAACGAAUUCAACCGCGCCAACGGCAUCAUCGCGAACGCAAGGAAGGCUGCAGGAGGUUCCACCGCCGUUGGUCUGAUGCCUUCAGAAGCUGCGGACGCUUAUUCCAGGGCGAAGGACAAUGGCGAUCUCGACAAAAAACUCGAAGCCCUACGCGACACUCUUUCGACGGCAAACACGGCCCAGAUGACCGCCGUGGCUCGCCGCAAUCUCCUUGAAAGCUUCAAACACUCGUCCUCGAACCUGAUCAGAACUGCCGAGAGGGCCAACGCUGCCGCCAUCGUCUUGUGCGUCGGUGCAGGGAUCCAUCAAGACCAGAACUUCAUACACCUCGACACAUCCAGUGGUUUACAGGGGUUCCUCGAAAAAUUGACAGGUCUGUCGACUGAUGAUAUCCUCGGGUUAGCCCGUACAUGGUCGUGCUCGACUCACCCGUCCGUCAACGCGCUUCAGAAGGUUUCCCAGAACAAUUCCCAGGAUUUAUUGAAGCAGAUGAAGGCAGCGGACCCCGCACUCGGCAACACGAAGGUAUCCAAGGCGUCUUCACCCGUCAAACACCUAUCUCCUGCGAAACAGCCACCGCUCCAGGGCUACCGCAACUCGAGCGGUAUCGCCGGUACCCCUUCGACCCCUCAGCCCUUAAAAUCGACCGCCAACCCCGUUCCUGCUUUCGACGCUUCCCCUACCAAGGCUGGAUGCAGGACCAUUCUCGACGACCGUGUAUCUAUGGUUGUGCCAAACCCGCCCCUGUUGACCGUCUUCACCAAAGAUGCCUUGGUCGAUUGGUGUGUAUGGACCCAGCGGCGGAAGUCGCACCCAAUCGUCUUUGGAAGCAUCUCAACAAAAAACUCGCCCACUUCGGAUAUAUCUCUUACCCACUACCCUGUACGAUUCGUCUUUCCGGGCGAAGAGACGAAGGGCAAGACAAAUUCUACCAGCCAGGGCCUCAAAGGCGUCUCUGUGGGACAUCUCCGAAUUUGCUAUGACGCUGUAACCGCCCCCAAUGGGAAACUUGUGCUGGAGCCUGCGGACACCGACGAUUUUUUAAAUUCCCGUAAAGCGAUCAUCAUCACGGCGCCGCCAAUGUUGACUGGAGAUCAGAUGGAUAACCUCAAGACUCACGACUCCUACGUUUUGGGCGACUGGCCUGUCCCCGCUGGACAUCGCUUUUUCCUCGAUCAGAGUGUCGACUGCAAGGGGCCCCCCGCGGUGCUUGUCAACGAUAUCGCCUCCGCGACAUUCGUGCAUGGGGCACACCUCAAACGGCCCAAAGCCAAAGUGGCUUCCGAGGCGCCCUCUGACUCUUCCUCCAACGCCGCCGACUCGCGGUCUGCAACCCCCUGUAUCGAGUUAUCGGAUUCUGACGACCAAACGACCCCGCGAGCCAAGGGCAAAGCGCCUGCGCACAAGAAAGGCAAGAAAACCGACCAGUUCAAAAACGGACGACCUGAUUUUGAAGCACUCGCCUAUGAAGAAGACGAAAACGGACGAACCUCCGUCGGUUCGCUCGGGGCCACUCAUGCCAUUGAUCGACGGGGAUCGGCCGACAAUCGCGACUCACCCCGCCUCGCCUGCGCCUCCUCAACCCUUCUUGGCUGGCGCCCAUUCGCAAUCGGUGCCGACGUCCACCAUGGGCUCAUCCUCGUUCCAACCCAUUGCGUUGUCUCGUGCUUCGGGCCCCCAGGGCAACACGCCUCUGUUGCGUCCCAGCAGCUUCUUCCAGCGUCGACGUCGAAUGCACCACCUCCCCCUCCGCCACCUCAAGCGUCCACGUCGGCGGCACCUAAUCCGCUGCAUCAUCCUGCUGCCCUCCCACAACUGAACAUCCCGCAGUUCGGAACACCUGGCCUCGAUAUGGCUUCUUUGUUCCAGAUGGUGGCUGAUCAGUUGAACAAAGGAGGCGCCGGCAGUCGAUGA